UUCAUCAAAGGCUAAAAAGAGAAUUUGGAGGAUCUCAAAUUAAAGACCGAGCGGACAGUGUCGACUUCACUAAGUUUCCUAGAACACUACUAGUACUAGGACUUCCUAGCAAGGUGCAGAUAUCAAGAAAUCAGAGAUUUGCCUGUUCAUCGUAUAAAAUGGAAGCAGAAUCUGAGAGCUAUUUCGACCUAAGUUUCGGAAAAUGUUCUCAGACGGCACGACGAAAUGAUGAUAAUCAUGAUGAAAGAAACACCAACAUGAAUAUUUUCACAGCCUCACAAAAUAACCAAAUAUCAUCAGAAGAUUUUAUUACUCCAGUAAAACCCGGGGUUGGAGUGGAGACGAUCAGGAGUAGCGGAGGAACAAACAUAGCCAUGAAUUACAGUCAUAAUAGUUAUUCUAAAUAUCUUGUUGGACGAGCUCAGAGAAAUUUACCCCAAAACGAUCUACUCUCUGAAAUAACAGAUGAAAAUCCUGUAAGUGGUAAGAAUAAGAAAUGUCUAUGGAAUGAUAUUAACAUUAUGUCAGCCAGAGAACUGCCACAUCCCCGUCAUCUCAGAAAAAGAAAGAAGACUGGAAUAGUUAAAGAAGAUACGUCUAGAAUAGAUCACGGUAUGGCAGUCGAAAAUCAUUUAAAACAACUCAAAUUUUACUGCUCUAGAGUUUCCAGAGAGGUGACACCAACUAACCAAAGACAGAAUAAUAAAAUAAAAACUCUAACAUUAGAUAAUAUAGAGAUACCACCUCUACCAGAAACACCAGUCAUUCAUCGUCCGAUUCCAAAAGAAAUAUUAGAAUCCUUCAAUGUUCCAAUCAAUAUACCGAUAUCUAGUUCAAUAGAUACAGACAGAACACCAGGUUUCGAUAGAUUCCCCUAUCAUCAAUCAGAUAGUUUAACAAGUUUUCAACCCCCAGGACCUGUCACGUUUCAAUCGACCAGUAGAAGACUUAACUUUGACCAUAUACAGAUCCUAGAGACUGGUUAUCAGGAUGAUCUGAUCAGCCAAGCUUUUAAUCCUGUCAAUAGAAGAGAUCAGCCAUGA